GUCAUUUCCGGUGUUACCUGUGUUGUUACCGGGAGCGGUAAACAAGGCGUGCAAGGAUCUGGAGAGCUGUCGGGAUGCAGCAGAGCGGGGCGCCGGGAGGCCGUGGCUGCGGUCUCUUCCCACUGCUGGCCGUCCUGUGGUUUCAAGGUGUUUACAUCGUCCUUUCCUUGGAGAUUAAAGCAGCUGCCCAUGUCCAGGGUUAUGUUGGAGAAAAGAUCAGGUUGAAAUGCACCUUCAAGUCGACUUCAUCUGUCACUGACAAACUCACCGUAGACUGGACGUAUCGACCUCCUGGCAGCAGCCGCACAGAAUCGAUUUUUCAUUAUCAGUCCUUCCAGUACCCAACCACAGCAGGCACAUUUCGGGAUCGAAUUUCCUGGGUUGGAGAUGUAUACAAAGGGGAUGCCUCCAUAAGCAUAAGCAACCCUACCAUCAAGGACAAUGGGACAUUCAGCUGUGCUGUGAAGAAUCCCCCAGAUGUGCACCAUAAUAUUCCCGUGACAGAGCUAACAGUCACAGAAAGGGGUUUUGGCACCAUGCUUUCCUCUGUGGCCCUUCUUUCCAUUCUUGUCUUCAUUCCCUCAGCUGUCGUGGUUGUUUUGCUGCUGGUGAGAAUGGCGAGAAAGUCUGCGGGGCUGAAGAAGAGGAGCAAGUCCAGCUAUAAGAAGUCAUCUAUUGAGGUUUCAGAUGACACUGACCAAGAGGAGGAUGACUGCAUGGCGAGGCUUUGUGUCCGUUGUGCUGAGUGCCUGGAUUCAGACUCUGAAGAGAUAUAUUGAUGAAAGUCUGCAUGGUAUAAGAAGAGUCACCUAAUAACAGAAAACAUUCCAUUCCACUGGCAGCUAAAACCUCUCAGAGAAGUGGAGCUGGCCUGGACAGCAGUGAUGGAGGGUUCUGGAAGUCAUCAGUAAAGACUUUAGGAGCCACUUAUUUAUUGAAGAAAUGUUCCUUUUGUAUUUAUAAACUGUUCAGAAACUCUCUGAAGAGACUCAUAACUACCCCCUUUUAAUAACUUAUACUCUAAUUGAAUGAAAGGAUUCUUUUCCUGAAUAGAAAGAUACAUUUUUUUCACCUUUGCUCUUGAAUGUAUUACGUGUUUUCUUCCAGUUAUUUGAGGGAGAAUCUUAAUGUUGGCCAUUCUGUUGAUGCCAAAAUAUUUUUCUUUUUAAUGAAAUGGAGACUAAUUUUCCGAUGUGCUAACAGUCAAAAUGUUUGUUUGGGAUAAGUGUUCUUUGUUUUUUGCUCCAUGAACGUUUUCAGCUGUGAGUUAGCACACGGCAUAUAUAGCACACAGUAUAUGGUUUAAUUAUCUCAUCAUCAAUUGUGUUUGGGUAACUUGGAGUGUAUAACCCUAAUUUCCUUAGAGUAGGUAGGAUCAAGAGUCAAUGGUUUGCUUUGACUGGGUUUUUAAAGUAUUAAAGUAUCAUCAAUUUGCAGUUAAGCAGAAGAAUGGUGAGGUAGAGGGAUUCCUUUCUUUUGUCUUGCUAGGUGUCAUUUGUUAUUUUACUUUCUUACAGCUGACUGCUUUAUGGCUUCCUUCUUGACUUUUCAAGUCAGAGGCAAGAAAAACUCUGGAAAGGUUUUUGGUGGGAAUGUAUAGUUUAUUUUACCAGUUAUUUGCAAUGAAAUCAUCUUUUAACCUGUGUUAUUCUUCAAAAUGUUUUUGAUUUCUAAAAUGGACCAAAUAUGAGUGAACUAAGAUAUUGACAAACUGUUUUUGCAUAAUAUUUGAGAUCAGGAAGUGAGGUUGUGCAUAGCCUAUACUUCUCCCUUCUGUUCUCUCGAUGCCUUAUAUCAGCUUCCUCCAUUCUCCUGUAGCAACUUAUUUCAAAUUUUAGUUUACAUGGGAUUUUCCAUAAGCCAUUCAGAAAUAUGUAUGACAUGUCAGAGGAAGGAUGGACAGUGUAGUCCUCUGUGAUAGAGUUCACUUCUCAUAUAUAAGAGACAAAAAUUUUACCCUCCUCUCAUCUCUGUUUUUUUCAACAGGAUAGCCCUUUUCCAUGGGUCUUCACUAGGUGGCUCAAGAGAUUUCCAUGUAUAGCAUUAUACACUGUAAUAUGCUUAUAAAAGAAUCACUUUUAUAUUUUUUGCCAAGAUCUAUUUUUAAAAAUUUGGGUUGUUAGAUCUAUCUCAUAGAUUUGGCCUGGCCUCUUUGUUGUCCUAGUCUAUAGAUUAGAGUCUGGUUAGUUAAUAGACCUUUUGAUUUACCUCUGUGAGGUAAGUAGAAGAGGCAAAGGCAAAAUUAGCAGUUUAUAUUUCCCGUGGUUAAACCUCACAGUUUUGGUCUACUUGUUAAAUAUGUGGUUGUCUGGGGCUGAGCUAGUGAGACAAUUUCUGACACCUCACCAGAGAGAAGGAAGCAGUUUGAGCAAGAGUAAAUAAUUUGGGGUCUAGGAGAUUUGAAGAUAAAGAUAUAAUUGUGAGGCAGACUUUUUAUGGGUCUUCCUUUCUCUGAGAAAGAAAUGAUGUUACAAGAAUCCAGUUAAAGCCACAUCCCAUUAAAUGAGGAACAAGUUUUUGGCUAGGUUUUCAUGUUUUUUUCCCCCACUUUUUUAUCGUGG